AAGGAGAGAGGGAAACAGAUUGCAUGCUGAAGAGGGAGGUAUCUGCUUUAGAGAGAUGCUUGGUAACUAUGGAUGGGGAAAAAUUGCAUCUUUGACGUCAGGAGUAAAAUGAUUGGUCCCUCAUCCGGAUUCCCUCUCCUUUUGUUAUUUGUGUACACAGAGAUUUGCACUGGUCAUACUUUCUGAGGAGUUCGUCGUCUCUACAUACAUUUUGGAGAGUCUUCAGUUCUGCUUCUCACCACUAACCCCUUCCCCCCUCUAAUUCUGUGAGGGGAGGAGGAUUUGUGACAUCCUGCAGAAUGAUUGGGGCUGAUGACUAUUUCAUGAUUCUGGAAUGGAUAUUGCUUUGGUGAGUUUGGAAAACGGAGUCCCAGCUGUUGCUGGCACUGGGAAGGAUGGGAGCUCUGGUAUGGCAAUCAGCACUGCAAGCAGGAGGAAUCUGCUCCAAAUCCCCAGGGCACCAUCUUGGCUGAACGAUUACAGCCAAGAGAAAGACGACAGUGAGGAUAGCUGCCAGCAGCGACCACAAACUCAACAGCACUAUCAGCCACCAGGGACCAGCCAGGGAGGAGGAGAAGGUGGAGGAGUUGUGGGCAAUCACUUGCAAAGCAGCAAGAUGAUCAUGAGCCAUCCUGGCACUAAUAAUAAGGAUUUUGGUAUUGAUACAGUUAUCCGAGUGGAUGAAGAGGAACCCCAUACACACCAAACUCACCCUGGAGAAGACGAGGACCCCCACUUUGACCUGGGUACCAUGGACCAUGAGAGCAACCAGAGGGUUAUCAUAAACAUUGCUGGACUAAGGUUUGAAACACAACUGUCAACUCUCAACCAGUUUCCAGAUACUUUACUGGGCGACCCUGAAAAGAGAAUGAGGUUUUUUGACCCCCUCAGGAAUGAAUACUUUUUUGAUCGUAAUAGGCCCAGCUUUGAUGGCAUUCUUUAUUUCUACCAGUCGGGGGGCAAGAUCCGCCGGCCAGUCAAUGUUUCCAUAGAUGUAUUUGCAGAUGAAAUUCGUUUCUAUGAGCUGGGGGAGGAAGCAAUGGAGAGGUUCAGAGAAGAUGAGGGUUUCCUCAAGGAUGAGGAGAAGCCCCUUCCCCGAAAUGAGUUCCAGCGUCAGGUGUGGUUGAUUUUUGAGUACCCAGAGAGUUCAAGCUCUGCCAGAGGAAUUGCCAUAGUAUCUGUACUAGUAAUACUUAUUUCCAUUAUCACCUUCUGCUUGGAGACCCUUCCAGAGUUUAGAGAUGAAAACGAGCUUCCUCCGGCACUGUCCAAGGUUCUGAACAACACCCAGCAGCCUGUUCCACUGAGUGGCCUCACAGAUCCCUUCUUCAUUAUUGAGACUACCUGUGUCAUCUGGUUCACAUUUGAACUACUUGUCAGAUUUUUUGCCUGUCCAAGCAAAGCUGACUUUUCUAAGAAUAUCAUGAACAUUAUUGACAUUGUAGCCAUUAUUCCCUAUUUUAUCACUUUAGGGACCGAACUGGCUGAGCAGCAAACUAACAAUGGGCAACAAGCUAUGUCUUUGGCCAUUCUCAGGGUCAUUCGCUUGGUAAGAGUUUUUAGAAUAUUUAAAUUGUCCAGACACUCUAAAGGACUCCAGAUACUGGGACAAACAUUGAAAGCUAGUAUGAGGGAAUUAGGAUUGUUGAUAUUUUUCCUAUUUAUUGGAGUGAUACUCUUUUCAAGUGCAGUGUAUUUUGCUGAAGCUGAUGACCCAGAGUCUCAUUUUUCUAGCAUUCCGGAUGCUUUCUGGUGGGCUGUAGUAACUAUGACUACAGUGGGCUAUGGAGACAUGAGGCCUGUGACAGUUGGGGGUAAAAUUGUUGGUUCCUUGUGUGCCAUCGCUGGUGUGCUUACUAUUGCUUUGCCAGUUCCUGUCAUUGUUUCCAACUUUAACUACUUUUAUCACCGAGAAACAGACCAUGAUGAACAGGUGAUCCUCAAGGAGGAGCCAAGCAGUGGGCAGGGCAGCUGUGCAGGUGACCUUAAGAGAAGCCCAAGCAAGUCCUCCUUCAAUAAGUCUGUGGUGCACCUGGAGAACCUUGAAGGCAUCAAUAAUGGCACUAGUACUUUAGAAAAAAGCAAUCUUAAAGCAAAGAGCAAUGUGGAUCUAAGAAAAUCUCUGUAUGCUCUGUGCUUGGAUACCAACAGAGAAACAGAUCUGUAGAAUAAGCACUACAGAAGUGUAAAAUGGCCAACAAAAUUUAACAAACAGAUUCUAUAUUUCACAAAGAGAAUUUCAAACUCUUUGACAGUUACACUGUAUUUUCUGUUGAUACACUUUUUCGUAAGUUUUACAGUAUUGGAAAUCUUGCAUAUAUUUUAUAACAGAGAAAUGUUAAUGUCAAUAUUUUUUUAUCUCCAUUGGAAUAAAGUUUAUUUUUGAAAGCUGGGUAUAAAAUGGAAGUUGUUCCAGGAGGAAGAGGAGGAGAACUAAACAUUGAGACAUUUGUUAAACAAAGAUAUUUGGGAUAAAUAAAUAAAGCAUUGCUCUAUUCAUCCGAUCCAUGCAAAUUAAAUUAGGUUAAUUAACUUUUUUUUCAUUUUUGUAUUGCUACAUAUUUAUAAUACUUUUCUGUAAAAUGUUUCCACACAAAGAUAAAAAAAAAAUAUAGAAAAUUACAUCUGUGGACAAAGUAAUGAUAAAAAAAACGUAAUGUGCAGUGAAUUUGGUGCUCUUCAAUCAAGCAGGAAACAUUUUUAUUUCGUAGAAAUUAAUGUAUACUUAUUUGUAUAUAUGUGAGCCUUAAUUUAUUAACACCUAUAGAUAUAUUGAUUUAAAUAUUUUAUUAAAGCUCAAUUUAAUACUCUUUUAGAACCCAAAGAGAAAAUUAUUACAGCUUAUCAACUUUGUCUCUCUCUCUCUCUAGAAAUGGCAUCCAGAUGUAAUUUAUACUUAGACACUAUGAUAAGAAAACUGAUUUUUAUAAAGUAAUAAGAAACUCCUUCCACGUUUAUAGCAAAUAACCAAACGUUUCAACAGAACAGAUGUAGCAAUUUUACUUAGCCCUGUUUACAGUCAGGUUUUUUUUAAAAUUUUUAAAAACGUUUAGCAUUUUUUCAUGGUGUGACAACAUUUUUUAAAUCUUUUGUGCUAUAUAAGGAGCAAGACAAAAUCAUUUUCCAUUAGACUUUCUUAAACUCCUUUUGUGGAUAAUGUGAAUAAAAAUCCGAUCAGACUUUUAAGAUUUUCUGCCUACUUUUACAAAUCUUAGCUGGUCGAUCUGCUUGGAGAUUUAAUGCCAGGAUUUUAAAGAAAUAUGUAAAAGAGAAAGACUAAAAAUGGAAUUAAUGAUCUACAGUAAAUCCAAGAGUGCAAUUUUUCCUACAUUUCAUCAAAGCACGUGGAACGCCCUUAAAGGAUAUUUUAUGUCUUCAGUAUACAGCUUCAAACCAAGCACAUCCACAUAUGUGAGGCCUGGUGCACAGGACAACCAGACUCUACACAAAGAUGCAAAUUAAAUGAGGAUAUUUCACCAAUGGGACAUGCACGGUGAAGAAUGAAUGACAUAUCUAGG